AGCAGAGCAGAGCAGCGGCAGCGCUGCUCGUAUCAUUUAUCAUUUGCCUAAAUGAUCGCUGCCUCUGCUACAACUGAUGCCGGGUGGGUGCCCACGCGCUGUUUAGUGUGCUCCCCCUCUCCCACACACACACACCCUUCUGGGGGAGGGCAGUCUUCGUUUUGCCAUUCCCUCAGUUGCUUUCACGCACAGGCAGGUGCCUGUGCCAUCGCCAUCGACAUUGUCGGCGGCAUGCGAUCUGUGUCUAACGGGGCUUUUCAGUCUCCUCGCGAUGCUCUUCCGUUGAUCUUCACGUGCGCUGGCGACGUCGUAUCUCCUUCUUCUCGUUUCGUUUCGCCUCUACUGCUAUCUCUUUCUGUUCUCUAUACGGAAAUAUAUUUCUUAUUGUAUUUGCGCUUGUGUCACGAAAAAUAGUGGAGAAUCGUGUGUUGACAAAUUACUAGUACCAUUUGCAAAAAGAUAUAAUAAUAAAAUAUGGAAAAUAUCAAAAUUAAAAUGAACAGUGAAGGCGUAUAAAUAUUUUAAUAUAAUUGAAUUAACUCUCAAUGACAGGCGAAUGGUCGGACAACAAAAUAAAAUUAGUAAUACAAACAAUCAGGCGGAAAAGCAACUAAAAAUUUACUCCAAAACUAAACGCCAACGAGAAUCAGUUGCUGCGUACUCCUGAGGGGCCAACGGAUCUGUCAAAAGUGCAAUCGGAAUUGGAAUCCUAUUUCGGAAUCAACAAGCUCUCAAGUGCUGUGCUCUGGUCCGUGGGUUAUAGGCACCAAUUUCCAAUUGGAGGCUGCCUUUUUGGUUGCCGCCUGCAGCAAUGACAAUGUCAUCGACGCUGAUGCUAACGCUCGCCGAGGCAGCGGAGGCCAUGGGGACGGCAACGACGGCGGCGGAGGCAUUGCAGUCCUCAGAGGAGGCAACAACAACAUUGCCCGAGGCGGGCGUUGAAAUGUUCUCGGAUGCGGAUAUGGCGGAAGUGCGGCAUGUUGUGCAGCGCAUUUUGGUGCCGUGCGUUUUUGUUAUUGGACUAUUGGGAAAUUCAGUGAGCAUUUAUGUUUUGACGCGGAAGCGCAUGAGGUGCACCACAAACAUUUAUCUAACGGCUCUGGCAAUUACGGAUAUUGCAUACCUGACCUUUCAAUUAAUCCUCACACUCCAGCACUACCAGUACAUCAAGUACCACUGCGAGAUCUAUUGGCUGCUUUACGGAUACUUUGUCUGGCUGUGCGAUGUCUCAGCGUACAUCUCCAUUUACAUAGCCGUGUGCUUUACCAUAGAGCGCUUUAUCGCGAUACGAUAUCCGCUGAAGAGGCAAACGUUCUGCACGGAGUCCCUCGCCAAGAGGGUGAUAUCAGCCGUCGCCCUGUUCUGUUUGCUGUCCACGCUCUCCACCGCGUUCGAGCACACAAUGAACAUCGAGUGGAAGUUGAUUGAUGACGCCUACAAGCCAUGCAAUCAAACCCCGGCCAAUGUCUCGCCAACGCCCUCGCUGCCAACGCCAGCGACUGUGUGGCAGCUGCAGGAGGAGGAGGAUGAUGACCCCCAAGCGACCACCAUCAGCAGUGCUGCAACGUUUCCCCUCUACGACGGCAGUGGCAACAGUGAUGGGCAGUCAGGCAACAUUCCACGACAGCAGCAACAGCAACAGCGCCGGCACUGGCCAUCAUCUGUGACGACGCCGCCGCCGGGACUGAGUGAAACUUUAGAUGCCACCCAGCAGAGUUCAGACUCCCAGGAGCAGGUCACGGAGAGUCUGCUGCAGCUGCCACGCGCCGAACGCAGCGGGGACUUCAAUCACUCGGAUGCAUUCGCAUUUAAUGUAACGCAAUAUUGUCAAAAUAUGACUGUCUUUAAGCACAUUUCGUCGGAUUUGGGCAACAACGAUCUGUAUACGAACGCCUGGAGCAUGUUCACGCUGGUGGUGUUCGUGCUCUGUCCCCUGUUCCUGCUGGCCACGUUCAACAGUUUCCUCAUCCUGCUGGUGCAUCGCUCAAAGAGUCUGCGCGGCGAUCUGACAAAUGCCAGCAGCAUAAGACGCACCAAGCGCAAGUCAAACACUGGACUCACGGGCAGCGUUUCCCAGGAGAAUCGUGUCACAAUCACCCUGAUCGCCGUCGUUCUCCUGUUCAUCGUGUGCCAGCUGCCGUGGGCCAUCUAUCUGAUACUCGAACAGUAUAUGAAGAUAGCGCCGGGUGCCCAGGUGAUUGCCGGCAAUGUGUGCAAUCUGCUGGCCGCCCUCAAUGCCGCCUCCAAUUUCUUUCUCUAUUGCGUGCUGUCGGACAAGUACCGGAAGACGGUGCGCGAGCUGAUCACGGGCUAUCGCUAUCGUCGUCGCCAUGCCCGCAACAAUACGAGUCUCUAUGUGGGCCACCACACCACCACCACGCUGACGCACAUCAAUGGCGACCAUCAUCAUCAUUUACAUCAUCAUCAUCAUGGGGGUGGGGCUGCUGGUGCGCCGUACAGUGGCGCAGCUGGCAGUCGUCGCAGCUGCAGUCGGAGUCGCAACAAGGCGGCGGCCACGGGUCGCCUGAUAGCGUGAGAGAAGAGUCACGACGCGUGACUGAAUGAGCGUGAAUCGAGCCGAGCCGAGCCGAGCGUGAGGUUGCUCUCACGAGUAAUGGGGCACUCAGCAAUGAGCCACGAUCGAGAGAACUGACACACCGCCUGCGUAGCAUAGUGAGAGUAGAAAAUAUGUGAUCAAGCAUCACAGAUGAUUGAUUGAUUGAUUGAGUGGAUAACUCUAACGUUUAUCGCAAGCCAAGCCUGAGCAGUGCAGUGCCUUCAGUUUGUUAG